AUGACUGAAAAUAGUUUCAUUGCAAUAAUGCGACCUAGCUGUGUUUACAAGAGAUUUUUCUUGAAUGUUCCUGUAGAGUGGCUACACAAGCAUUCCCUUCGCCAUAACCAAGAAGUCGUUCUCCAUGUGGGGGAGAAAACAUGGCUCACUACUUAUUAUCCCUAUGACAAAGGUCAAGGGCUCGGUCCAGGGUGGAAAAAGUUUGCUCUUGAGAAUUUCUUGGCGGAGUUUGAUGUGUUGGUCUUUACACCAAUUGACAAGAAAGAUGAGGCAGCUAUGGUGAUUAAUGUUGACAUAUUCAGAGUUGACUCUACCAUUAUGCCUCUGCCACCCAUACUUUCCUAG